GGGCUGCUCCCCAGGGCAGGACGCUGGAGCCAGGGAUGUUCGAGAGCCCUUUGCUGGAGUCAGAAGAGGAACAUCUCCUGCUGGACCCAGGCAAUGUGUUGAAGCUGUACUGCGAUGCCAACCAGAGCAGUGCCAGUGUGGUCUGGUACAAGGAGUCCAGGCCUCUUGUCCCAGGGGGUCGCAUCCGUCUCCAGAAGAGCCUGUUGGAGAUCUCAGAGGUCGCCUACGAGGACUCAGGGCUCUACGUUUGCCGGGCACGGGCGACCGGGAAGAUCCUGCGCAACUUCACCCUCUCCGUCGUGGACUCGCUGGCAUCGGGUGAUGACGAUGAAGACAGUGAUGGGGACAGUCCUCAUGGAGACCGGAAUGACGAGCCCGUCUACUUGCACAGAGCGCCCUACUGGACACAUCCGCACCGGAUGGACAAGAAGCUGUAUGCGGUGCCCGCGGGGAACACGGUCAAGUUUCGCUGCCCGGCCUCGGGCAGCCCCAGCCCCAGCAUCCGCUGGUUCAAGAACGGGCGCGAGUUUCGGGGGGAGCACCGCAUCGGAGGCAUCCGGCUUCGGCACCAGCACUGGAGCCUGGUCAUGGAGAGCGUGGUGCCCUCCGACCGCGGCAACUACACCUGCCUGGUGGAGAACAGGUUCGGCAGCAUCCGCUACAGCUACCUCCUGGAUGUACUGGAGAGGUCACCGCACAGGCCCAUCCUGCAGGCCGGGCUGCCCGCCAACACCACAGCCCUGGUGGGCAGCGACGUGGAGUUCUUCUGCAAGGUCUACAGCGAUGCCCAGCCUCACAUCCAGUGGCUGAAGCACAUCGAGGUGAACGGCAGCAGCUACGGUCCUGAUGGCGUCCCCUACGUGCAAGUGCUCAAGACCGCAGACAUCAACAGCUCGGAGGUGGAGGUGUUGUACCUGCGCAACGUCUCCAUGGAGGACGCGGGCGAGUACACCUGCCUGGCGGGGAACUCCAUCGGCCUCUCCUACCAGUCCGCCUGGCUCACCGUGCUCCCAGAAGAGGACCUGGAGCGGGAAGCUGAGGCCCCUGAGACCAAGUACACAGACAUCAUCAUCUACACGUCGGGCUCGCUGGCCGUGGCCAUGGCCGUCAUCAUCGUGGUGCUGUGCCGGAUGCAGACCCAGUCGAGCAAGCAGCCUCUGGAGCCCAUGGCUGUCCACAAGCUCUCCAAAUUCCCACUCAUCCGACAGUUCUCCCUGGACUCCAGCUCAUCCGGGAAGUCCAGCACAUCCCUGAUGCGCGUCACUCGUCUCUCCUCCAGCUGUGCCCCGAUGCUGGCUGGGGUCAUGGAGCUCGACCUGCCCCUUGACUCCAAGUGGGAAUUCCCCCGGGACAAGCUGGUGCUGGGCAAGCCCUUGGGAGAAGGCUGCUUUGGCCAGGUGGUGCGGGCAGAGGCCUACGGCAUCGACAGGGACCGGCCGGACCGAGCCGUCACAGUGGCUGUCAAGAUGCUCAAAGACAAUGCCACCGACAAGGACCUGGCUGACCUCAUCUCCGAGAUGGAGAUGAUGAAACUCAUGGACAAGCACAAGAACAUCAUCAACCUCCUGGGAGUCUGCACGCAGGAUGGGCCGCUCUACGUGAUCGUGGAGUUCGCUGCAAAGGGCAACCUGCGCGAGUACCUCCGGGCCCGGCGGCCCCCGACGCCUGACUAUACUUUCGACAUCACUGCGAUGCCUGAGGAGCAGCUCUCCUUCAAGGACCUGGUCUCCUGUGUCUACCAGGUGGCCCGUGGCAUGGAGUACCUGGAGUCCAAACGGUGCAUUCACCGUGACUUGGCUGCCCGCAACGUGCUCGUCACGGCAGAGAGCGUGAUGAAAAUCGCUGACUUCGGCUUGGCCAGAGAUGUCCACGACAUCGACUACUACAAGAAAACCAGCAAUGGCCGCCUGCCUGUGAAGUGGAUGGCACCAGAGGCCCUGUUCGACCGUGUCUACACGCACCAGAGCGACGUGUGGUCCUUUGGGAUCCUCAUGUGGGAGAUCUUCACGCUGGGGGGCUCGCCCUACCCUGGCAUCCCCGUGGAGGAGCUCUUCAAGCUGCUGAAGGAGGGGCACCGCAUGGACCGGCCCUCCAACUGCACCCACGAGCUGUACAUGCUGAUGCGGGAGUGCUGGCACGCCGUGCCCUCACAGCGCCCCACCUUCAAGCAGCUGGUGGAGGGGCUGGACAAGGUCCUGGCCGCCGUCUCCGAGGAGUACCUGGACCUCUCCAUGCCCUUCGAGCAGUACUCGCCCUCCUGCGAGGACACCACGAGCACGUGCUCCUCGGACGACUCCGUCUUCACCCACGAC